CCAAUUUUGAACUAACUGUUCUAUUGAUCUCUGCGGGUGUUGCACGUAUAACGUUACAAUCUAAUCGAAAAUUGGUCAAUUUAUUUACAGUGAGUAAACAAGUUUAUGUAAUAAUAAUAAAACAAGCAAUUUAAAGCCGUAACGAGUUUGUACGUUUCUUACUCUCGUUAUUUGAUAUAUAAUUUCACGAAAAUCAAUAGGUAUAUUACAUUCACAAUGGCGCGCUUCAAUACCCACUAAAGAUCCACCCGCACGAGCCGCCGCUGCCCCGCCCGACUGGAAACGUGGGGGUAGGGCGUCGUUGCGACCCCAAACAGGUCGCUCGCGCUCACGGAGUCGCGGCGUGGCUCUAUAAGUACCGGAGCAGGGAAGGGCGGCUUCCCUGUCCCUGUUAGCGUCGACACAGUCCCCUGACAGUGCCCCAGCUAUGGUCCGGGUGGCGCGAACGGCUCACCCCCUGCUGCUGGUCGCCGUGUUCGCGGUCGUGUGUGCGGCCAUACCGCACUCCGUCAUGGCCAUAGACCUCAGCAGGCUCUACGGCCAUGUCUCCAAGAGAGGUGAUGCUUGCCAUCCCUACGAGCCAUUCAAAUGUCCCGGAGACGGGAAUUGCAUUUCCAUUCAAUAUCUGUGCGACGGAGCACCGGACUGCCCGGACGGCUACGACGAAGACUCCCGCCUGUGCACGGCGGCCAAAAGACCUCCUGUAGAGGAAACGGGUAGUUUCCUUAAAUCGCUGUUAGCCAGCCACGGGCCGAACUAUCUGGAAAAAUUGUUCGGCAGCAAAGCCCGCGACGCCCUGAAGCCGCUCGGAGGCGUCGAUAAGGUAGCCAUAGCUCUGUCAGAGUCCCAGACGAUCGAGGACUUCGGGGCGGCACUGCAUCUGAUGAGAUCGGACCUGGAGCAUCUGCGUUCGGUGUUCAUAGCCGUCGAGAACGGCGACUUGGGCAUGCUGAAGUCGCUGGGCAUCAAGGAUUCCGAGCUGGGCGACGUGAAAUUUUUCCUAGAAAAACUGGUGAACACAGGAUUUUUAGACUGAACUCUACCCGACCCUGCUGCUAUCUUCUUCGCCCAUCCCCAGCCACAUCGACCUUUGAGUAAAAAUUUCUAUUCCUACCUUCCUUACUGAGUCUAUCUGUCUGUUUAGGUGCAUUUUUCGGCAGCAGAGUCCGUUGUGAUCCGUCCCCUUUCCGCUAUCCCAAAAUUCAGAACGUAACUUUUCGAGGCCAGUGAUUGAUUUGCAAGUAUUUCGUUGACGUUUCAAUGAGAUAUUGCCAUAAAAAUUAGGUGGACGGGACGUUUGAAUUGGUGAAAUAUUCGAACAACAAAUGUGACGGAAGGUACGGUAUUUGAAAAAAAUAUAAAAAAAAAACGUUUAACGGAUAUAAUAUUCACCGUUUAUGUAAAACAUUUCUCAUUAGGUAUCUAUUAUUUUUCAUUCUUAUUGUAUUCUACUCUUAAUUGUUCAAUUUAACACAGUAUUCGGAGUAGUUAAUAAGACAUUUAUUAUGAAUGUGUCGGUAUAUAAUUAAUUGUAAAUUAUUGAAGUAAAAGCUGUGAUAAUUAUAGUAACAUAUGUAAUUCGUGUCAAAUCUAUUGCAUUAGAGAUAGAUAAAAUAUGAAUAGAUUUGGCUAUAAUAGUUACUUUUUUUCUUUGUAUUUCGUGGAAACAGCAAAAUUUUCGAAAUGUUUUACAUAUACUAGAACGAAUAUUAUAAAUUGCUGUAAAUUUGAUUCAUAUAUUCUGAAAUUAGUAUUACUUGUCGAUUCGUCACUGAUCCGAUAGUCCUGUUUGCUGUCUCGAGGGCUGUCUAAAUAACUACGAUAUUUAAGGCCAAUUUUACAGACUUAUGAAUAAAUACAUAUCGAAGCACCAAAAUUUUUCGAACAAACAGCACAUACAUAUCAUAAUUACUAAGUGUGAUUACAUUUAAAAGUUUAAGAACACAGAUUCAUAUAAUUAUAUAGUUUUUAUUAAUGUUAUUUAGAAUCUGAAUGUUUUUCUGUCAAAAUUAUUUAGUGUUUACGAAUGAGAUACGAUUUCACGACAAUUAUAUGAUGGCACUAUAGUAGAUAUAACAUUGAAUUUUCGUAAUUACGUAGGUGAUAAGUAAGAAUACCGGCUGGCCGGUUUAACGAUUUUUGUAUCAAAAUCCUGCCAUAUUUGCGUUACUAAAACUUUGAAGCCGACCGAAAGCUGUGUUGCGAUUGGUGCAGGACAACAGAGCAUUCGCCUGGCUGCAUUUCGAGUACGAAAAUACACAAAAAAAAAUAUUAAAACACCAAAUGGAUAGACGGAUUUUGAUUGUUUUUCUUUUCUCAUUCAGCGGUUUAUUCGACGCAAGGUUGUCGGUUGUGCGCCUUAAGGGCCUAACGCGCAUGCAUUCUGCAAUCUUGCAGAUACCGCAGGACCGAUCUUGUGAUUUUUGUACAUAUCUUUAAAAUAAAAUAAAAAAAAUAUAAGAAAAGAAAUAUUGAGGAAAACGGUGCCGGCGACGCAACUCUUGAUGAUAACGACCUGACAUAUUUAACCAUCCAAGCAACUCGAGUGCGAAAAACGCCACCUCUUUCACACCCUACAUAUACCAAACACAAUCACAUCCGCAACAAGCGAAUAACAUAGUCAAUAUAAGUUAAACAUAGUCAAGAUAUAUAGAGAUAAAAAUUUUACAAAAUAUAUUUUUUCGAGGAGUAGGAAAUGUUUGUGUCUUGGAGCGCGAUGAUACGAUCUUAGUUUUUUCAAUGUUGUUUGUACUUACCUCCCGUAUUAAAAAAAUAUUUUAAAUAAAGGCUGGUCUAUUAAUUAUUAUAUAAAUAAUAGAAUACAUAUCAAAUAUUUUUA